CGCUGCAGUCGACGGUAAAAUGUGCCGAACAGCUGACUGCCGGCGGCGCGCCGCGGCAUAGCGCGCGGAACGCCGUUCCGCCCCGCAAAAGCGUACGGUUUCAUAUCGAUCACAUGCAAAGUGCGAGUUAAAAAUAAGCGCGGCCGACAUGAAUCACGCGUAUUCGGUCGUGCCGCAACCCCUUAUGCCCCCGUCGCACGGGGCGGCAGACAGGUCGGACUUCAGUUGUUCUUCCGCCCCAACUAGUCCUCACGCGCCCAGGACCAAACAGUCCGCCUUCAGGCGACACAUCAGGCACAAGUCGAGUCCUCCUAUCAACAGGGCAAAGUUGCCGCUGCUCAACGAUUGCGACUUCUACCCGUACGGAAAGCAGUCAGACCACUGGGCCGUCCGAGCGAGAAACAGCGCCAAUUCUAGGAUCGUCGCAGUUAAAGAUAACUACUACAGUGCGCCCUCUAGUGGAAACGUCAUACAUGUCGAAGAUCGGAAUAUAAUUACAGUUGACACUACUCACAAUGAUGACCAGUUCUUCGUCAAGGUGAAUGCCAGUAGGUUUGCAAAAUGCAACACCAGGAGUACAAGUGAUAAGAGACAUCGGCAGAUAUAUCCUAAAGAUGAUGACUACACUCAACAAGAAGAAAGAACUUCUAAAUGCCACAUUUUUCAAAAAGAAACUGUGGUACCUCAAAAAUGUGAAAGAGAAGAAGCAGAACCACCAUUCAUAAAAGAACAACACACGAGAGCAGAUCUGCAUGAUGAAAUGGUAACUGAACCUGGUAGCACAAUGACUGAAUAUGGAGACAAGCCACAGAUAAUACAUCACACAAAAACAGAAAAACAUAUCAUGGUCAGAAGUUCAGUAGAAGACUUGGCAAAAGAUGAAGAGGGUGACGCACAGCUUGAAGUAGAGGCAUACAGCACUGACAAUGCAAGUUUGAAAAGUGGACACUACACAAGUACUCGUUCUGUAGAAGUCCAGGUAUCCCCUUCACCACAGUACCGCUUAAGGUUUCUACCAAUCUGUGGUUGUACUGCUGAUGAGAGUGAAUGGGAGUUUUGCCAGUGUUGUUUCAUCAUUAGACUGGUGGGUCGGUGGGCAUUCUCCCAGUGUGGUUUGGGAAUAUUAUUAGUGAUAUGGGCAUUGUUAGGGGCAGCUGCAUUCCACAGUACUGAAGGUCCGCAUGAAGAGCAACAGGCACUGGACCUGAUUGCAGCACGUAGUUGCUAUGAAAGACAGCUAUCUACAGAGCUACAGCACUUGGUGGGAGCAAAACAUACAGUCAAAGCAAUGGCUGGUACUGACCAGCCAUUGGAUCCUGCUUGGCAGGAAACUAUUAGUGCUUCCUUCAAAUCAUAUGAAAAUCGUAUGCUAGCAGCAGUGAAAGAGGGCUAUGGAGAAGGAGGUGGUGGUGGCCGGAUUUGGAGCUAUGCUGGUUGCCUGCUUUUUGCUGUAUCCCUUCUGACAACUUUGGGUUUUGGAGCACCUGUUCCUAGAACAACGCUUGGGAGAAUUGCUGCAGUUAUCUUCUCUGCUAUUGGCAUUCCUUUACAUUUACUCCUAGUGCUUAAUAUUGGAAUGUUGGUUGCUGUGAAAUUACAACAUUUGUCUAUGACUUGGCAGCGUGGGACAUCAUUUAUUGCUGCCAUGAUUGUCUGCUGCUUCACCUAUAAUGUGCAUCAAGAGGGCCGCUGCACUCCAAGUCAUCGAGAUGGUAUGGAUUGCACCAUACAUCGAGAAACUCAUUUCACUGCUCCUCGAUGGAUGAAGUUGUUCCCUGCUGCUGCAAUUGCAACUUAUUAUAUUUUUGGGGUGAUUGUGUUUGGCGCCGCCAGGUCACGCCCGUUUUCUGACUGCCUCCUGUUCCCAUUGGAUUUUACAGCCUCUGGAGGUGUGGGACUCACAUCAAGUACAGUUCGUACAUGUUAUGCUAUUUACCUGGAAGGAGCAGUUGUACUAGCGGCUAGCGCAGUAGCAGUGUGGCAGGUUUCUGCAACAAAGGGACUAACAAACCUUGGUCUAAAGUUGGGGCUGCUUACUAACUCUUGACCAAGCAAAGCACACUGCAGAUCAGCAAACAGCAUGGUACUGAAUGCAAAGGAGAGUAACAAUAUCAAACUAUUUUUGUGAUAUUUUUGAAACAAGUUAAAACAUUUGAAGAUUUUAAGAAGUAAUAUAGUAUUUAUAUAUUUAUAUGUUGUUUAAAUAUGUUGUAAAUGUGAUACUUGUUUUGAACUACUGAUUCUGAUCAUUUAAGAGAAAGAAAGGCAAUAUUCUAAAAUUUGUCACGGGUUAUCUGAUUAGUGCAUCACAGUGUAGCAAUGAUAGCUUGAAAGGUGCUGAAGAAAAUUUCAUUUUGCAGUACUUGAUUAUGGACCAUUUCUACUCAGUUAUGCAAAGUAAACAUUUCAUUGGCUGAUAAUAUAAAGGAUUUUAUUUGUUUAUAGUGAUUUAAAAACUUUUGUAAGUAUGCCAGUGUACAGUUACUACUGCUGUUACAUGAACUUAAAGUGUAAUCUUCAUGUAUUAUUUGUGCAGUUUCCCAUCAUUAAUAUGUAGUAUUCCUCAGGAUACUGUGCUAAAGUUGAACAAUAUUUCUGCAGUCGUAUUUCCAUGGUUUUAGUUUUAAAUAUUAUCAUUAUCAGAACCAUUACUUGUAUCUUUGAGUGAUAAUUUACCACUUGUGCUGUUACAGUCUUCAUUAAUCACAGAGUUUGGUGAAUAUAAACUGAAUCUUCAUGUAAUGCACAUCAAAUGUUGACAGGAUUUUUACCAUAAAUCAGUAAUAAAAGUUAUUGCCACAAUGCAUUGUAAAUCUCAUUUAGACCGAGGCUAAUGAGGCUAUAUUUCUGGAGAUACUACUGCUGUCAUUACUAAGAAUACUAGUUGCAGCAGAUCACAAAUUUGUCAUUUCUUG